AUGCUAUUUCAUCUGGGUGCAUUAACAUGGCUGAGUUUGUUUGCUCACUAUGCAAAGUUGCAAAUGGAUUCAAUUGAUUUUUCGACUGACUCAGACCAGGAUGAAUGCCGUAUUCAAUGUAAUUUGAAUUUUUUUCCAUAUUGUGCAACAAAUGGGGUAACUUAUAUAAAUGAGUGUUUUUAUUUGAGAGCAAGGUGCUUAGAUCCAAAAAUUCAAUUACAAAAGAUUCCGGGAAUUCCCUGCGGAAUACUUGGUUCUAUGGAUGCUACCAAAUAUACAGGUUGUGAAAAAGGAUGUGCACCUGUAGAAUUUCCAUAUUGUGGAACUAAUGGAGUAACUUAUAUAAAUAACUGCGCAUUAGAUAUAGCCACUUGUGAGGAUUCAAAUAUUCAAUUAGCAAGAUUACCUGGUUUGGCUUGUGGUAGUGAAUCCAAGUUUGAUAUUUCAAGUUCAGAAUGUGAAGGGUUAUGUUCAGAGCAUUAUAUUCCAUAUUGUGGUUCUGAUGGAAAAACAUAUAUAAAUUACUGUGAAUUUAGAAAGUCUAAAUGCAGAAAUCCAACUCUUACAAUUGUAGGUUUUCCAGGGUUGCCAUGUGAAAGUCAGAUUUAUGAUGAGAAAGUUAUAAUACAACAGACAAAGAAAAUUGAAUGUCUAAAAAAAAAUAAAUGUUCUUCCAUAUUGGUUCCUAUAUGUGGAUCUGAUGGUGUAACAUAUAGAAAUCCAUGCGAAUUUAAGAGAGCAAGAUGCAGAGAUCCUACUUUAAGAAGAGCGAAUAUAUUAUUACCAUGUGGGAGUAAAAUAUCUGAUGGUGUGGAAAAUAUUAUUGAUAAAAUGCCGAAUACAACAUCAACAGGAAGCACUAGAUCAUGUUGGUUUAAGUGUACAAAAGUAUGGGAAUAUCCAUUAUGUGGUUCGGAUGGUAUAACUUAUAGCAGUUAUUGUGAGAUGAGAAAUGCUUUAUGUUUGGAUCCUGAUUUGAGAUUAGUAAAAAUUCCUGGAGUAAAGUGUUCUAGUGCUUUUCAAUUUACUAAUCCUGUUAAAAUAGAUAAAUGUAGGGAUGAUUGUCCAUUUGGUAAUACACUAUCAUAUUUGUGCGGAAGUGAUAAUAAGACAUACUAUAGUUACUGUGAAUUUAGUAACAAAAUGUGUCGAAACCCUGAGCUAUAUUUAGCAAAGCCUAUGGGAUUUCCUUGUAAAGAAGAAGAUAGGAGUAAGGAAUUGGAAUCAAAAGCUAAAGAAUACUUGACAUUGGACGAAGUAUAUUUUGGAAUUACAAAUUUCAAGUCCAAUGCAUUUGAGGAAAGGAUAGAAGAAUCAAGAGUUACAAAUAAUUCAAUAAUUGUGAUAAAUAAUGCAAAUUUAAAAGAUAGUGAUCGGAUUAAUGUAGAAAAGAAUACAGGCCUAUUAUUUGAUAAUCGUAUUUAUGACAUUAAUAAUUAUGGUAAUAUUGAGACUAAUAAUACCUUGAAUAAGAAUAUGACUGAAAUGCUUGGGUAUGAAGUUCAUAUGUUACACCAUGGACUAAAGUCAGAUUCUUGUGAAUUUGACUGCAGUAAUUCACCUAGGAUGGCUCAUUGUGGAAGUAAUAUGCUUACAUAUCCAUCAGGAUGUGCUUUUCAUAGAGACCAGUGUAGAAACCCAAAUUUACAACUUUUAUUAGAACCUGGAAAACCUUGUUCACAAUUGGAUAAUUACAGUAUUUCUCAAGAGAAGAUACAGGAUUGUUUGAGGGAUUGUACUCGUUCUCAGAAGGUUUAUCAUUGUUUGAAUACUGGAGAGACUAUAUAUAGUUAUUGUGAAUUUACUUAUUUACAAUGUUUAAUACCUGGAUAUAAGAUCGUUGGCCGUGUUGGAGUCCCAUGUGAUGAUAUCGCUGAUUACAAGUAUUAUAAAAGUUCAUCUAGUGAAAGUGGUUCUGAAUAUCAUCAGGACAGCGAGAGAAUAAAUACUUACGAGGAAAAUAAUUUUGGCGAUGAUUAUUCUGCAAAAGAGCGUGAAUUCCAGAAGAAGAUAAGAGAGAUGCUUAAUGAGAUACCUUCUCAUGAGUAUACCGGCUUAUAUAGGAUGAACCACAACUAUUAA